CUUCGAUCUUUUCAAGAACUAGCCGGUCGAGCGAGAAAAGAUGUCAAAGUGGCCGAAGUAAAGGUUGCAGUUUGCUUGUUCCUCUUUGAUAUGAUGAAGCUGAAUGGCAAGCCCAAGAUUGAGAAUGGAAAUUCUGUCUCAAAACACGUCAUGGCCACUCUUGACCACGUUGAAAGCGUUGAAGCAGAUGAAGGGCGCGAAGUGGUGGAAGAGUUUUGGGAGAAAGCUAUAGAGAGUAAAUGUGAAGGACUUAUGAUAAAGUUGUUGGAUGAUACGGAAGUCCUUGUUGAUGAGGAUGAGUAUAUAGUUGACGAGGAUGAGAAGAUUCAAGAAACUCCGCGAAAGAAUAAAAAGAAGGGUAAUGGGGCUCGACGAAAGGCAUUACCGGCUACUUACGAGCCAGCCUUGAUCUUGUUCCAGUUGGUGCAUGGCAUGGACAAGGCCGUAAAGCGAGUUGGUGGAGUCCUGUACUCCUCGCUGUGUAUGACAAAGAACGAGAUUUGCUUUACGGAUGCUUUCUACAAGGAGCUGAAUGCUCGUUAUCCUGAGGGAUCAGAAACGUGUACAAAGACUCCUCAGUGGAAUGUCGAAACAGGAGGUUCUCUCACCAUAAGCCCAACCUCCGUGACUGCUUUGGGCAUGAUUCCUCAAGCUCGUGAGAAGGGUCUAAGCUUGCGUUUUCCUCGGUUUAUGCGACUACGCCCGGACAAGAGCAUCGAGAUGGCGAGUACGCCAGGGUAUGUCGUCCAACUUUGGGUGUCGCAGGAAAAGAAGGGUCAAACUGCGAAUGAGGGUGUAGAAGAUGAUGGUUUACUUGAUUAUGUUGAAGAGGAAGAAGUAGUAGAAGACGAGUACGAGAGUGACGAUAAUUCGCUUAAAGAAUAG